UUCACGCUUGUAAGCUGAAUCAGCUUUGCUCAUUUGGCGCUAACUGUACUUUUUCCUUAUGUAAGAUCAGUGUGAAAUCUCAUUUUAAUCUACGACAUUUACCUUGAAUCUAUUAACGUAAUUAAUCAUGUCUGGCUCUUUUGGCUCGGUCAAAAACUAUCUGGACAGUUUCGUGUGUAACGGCAAUAAUGUCAUCUAUUUUAAACUGAUCCGUGAUAUAAAGAGUAUUGAGGAUGAUGAGGUGGACAAAGAAUUUACCUUCCAACCGGAGUUUUGUCACCAAUUGUUCGGCCAAUCGGAGAAUAUUUUUGGCUACAAGAACUUACGCAUCAAUUUAUAUUAUUCAGCCUGUAAAUUAGUCAGAUUCAUUUCCAUCACCUAUUCGGACAAGGUUGACCGUGAGAAGAGUCAAGGAGUUCCAGCUGAUGAUGUCUUACAAAUAAUCACUGAGAAGUUAGGAGGUACCGUUUUAACGAGCAUUGAUCAAUUUUCACAAGAAUUAGCUCAUGAUACUGAUUUCAAGCCAUACGGAACACAAUUGGAUUGUUUCAAAUUAAAGAAAAAGGCAUCUAAGUCAAGCUCCAAUUCAGCACCUACGUCUUCGUCACUUACAUCUUCUCAGAAUGCGGAAAACUCGGAAUCUUGCUUCGAAAUUUAUCGUGCCGAUAUGGAUAUUCCAGGAUUUGAGUCUUAUCAUGAAAAUAUGCAAACAUUUUUAACCUGGUUUAUCGAUGCUGCAUCUUAUAUUGAUACUGAAGAUCGAAAGUGGGAUUAUUAUCUAGUUUACGAAAAAUGUCCAGAUAUCAAAAAUGGAAGUGAUUCUCCUGUUUUUUAUUUUGCUGGUUAUGCUACAGUUUACCGGUACUACGCGUAUCCUGAUAAAACAAGACCUCGAAUCAGUCAAUUUCUUAUUUUACCUCCAUUUCAAAGACGUGGAAUCGGGGAAAGAUUAUUACAAAAUAUCUACCACACCUAUGCUGGUGAUACUAAUAUCAUAGAUAUAACAGUAGAAGACCCUUCAGAAGAGUUUACUCGAUUGCGAGAUUAUGUUGAUUGUAAAAAUUGUGCACAUCUAAUGAGCUUCCAAACAACCGAGUUAAAAAAAGGAUGGAACGAUGAUAUGGUGAAAGAGGCUCAAGAAAAGUUUAAACUUGCCAAGAAACAAAUACGUCGUGUUUAUGAGAUAUUAAAAUACAAAUCAAUCAACAAAUAUGAUGAAGAACAAAUGAGAAAUUUCCGUUUAGAAGUCAAAAACCGAUUGAAUGCUCCUUCACUGAAAAUGAAGCGAUCAAAUUUAUCGGAAGAUGAAGAAAGUAGUGUUCUAGGUAACAAAGAGACUCGAUUACAAGAAUUGAAUCUUCUUUACUGUCAACUGGAAGAUGAUUAUAAGCAAGUCAUAAACAAAUUAACUUCCGUAGCAUAACCUGGAUACUGUAAAAAUUUUAUCAUUUGAAAGCGCAAACAAAACUAAACUCAAAAAUCACCUUGUCAAACUGUUUGUUUUUUUUAUUUGUGAACUCCAAUUUCUGUCAAUACUUAAAUUCAUUUCUUUCCCUUCCAAUUCCAAUUAAACUACCAAGUGUUUAACCAUCAA